AUGCAAUCUAUUAGAGACCUCAAACACAACUUCAGUAUCCCACCUCCAUCCACAAUGGCUGGAGCGACAGACUCCUCUCACCAAGGGAACAUCAGGAUAACGCUGGAGGACCCUGAGCUAUGGAAAUCCUUCCAUGAGAUUGGUACUGAGAUGAUCAUAACUAAGCCUGGCAGGAGAAUGUUUCCACAUUGUAAGAUCAACAUUUCUGGACUUGUGCCCUAUGCGAAGUACAUCCUCCUGGUGGACAUUGUACCUGAAGAUGGUUUCAGAUACAAGUGGAAUAAGGAUAAGUGGGAGGUGGCGGGUAAAGCUGAGCCUCAGCCACCCUACAGGACCUACAUGCACCCAGAUUCACCAGCACCAGGGAGCCACUGGAUGAAGCAGUCGGUCUCAUUUCUCAAGCUCAAACUAACCAACAAUGCCCUCGACCAACAUGGACAUAUCAUCCUGCAUUCCAUGCAUCGCUACCAUCCCCGCUUCCACAUCGUACAGGCUGAUGAUCUCUACAGUGUCCGCUGGAGUGUGUUCCCGACUUUCACAUUUCCCGAGACCUCCUUCACGGCUGUCACGGCAUACCAGAACACCAAGAUUACCAAGCUGAAAAUCGACAACAAUCCUUUUGCCAAGGGAUUCAGAGAUGAGGGCAUGAAUUCAAAAAGACGUGCAAACAGAGGUCCUGCAGAUACCGAGCGGCUGGCCAAAAGAUUGAACUCGAUGGUUAGGGGUUCGGAUCAAGAUAGCCCAUCAGAUUUGCGUCGCUCUUCAUAUGAGGGACUGGCGGAAUCACAGGCUGGAUGCAAGGAGGGAGUUAAAGAUGAGCCGAAUUCUCCCUGGGGAGGAUCAUCUGAUAGGGAAAACAACCAGACUUUGGAAAGGGACUCCCCUCUGGGUUCCAAUGCUCGAGACAUGUACAGCUCUGAACAGCUUGUGCCAGGACCUGGAACAUACCAACCUUACAGGUUUCCUGAUUACAACAAAUCCCCUUCAUCAAGCUCUAGCAUGAGCAGCACUGCUGGACGCUCCAGCUUCGAAUCUCGAGUGCCCGACAUAGCCACCGUGUCUGAGCAGGACAGCAAAACUACCGAUCUGGUCGUCCCACAGUGUCCUCCCCCUGCCACAGCUGGUGUGCAGGACUACGCUGGGGUGCUGAACGUUGCAGUUGCACAAACUAAGCCAGGCAUGCUUGGGCAUCACGCACUCUAUGCACCCUACAGCGCUGAUCAGCCCCUGAGCCAGUGGAGCGGAACAAGCUCGGCCCAGUACCCAUCCCACCCGCACCAUCAUCACCACUUAGCAGCGGACUACGGGACCCAAGCUGUCCAUCAUGGCUACCACCACGCCAACAUGGCCGACUGGAGCCAGUACCCGCUCUUCUCGUACUCCUGCUGGUGA